GUAAGGUCUGCUGUAAAAUCGAUAUUCCGUCACCGUGCCAAUGGCAAAGGCACAACACCGGCGUGGACGCACCGCGACGAUGUAACGCUACCUCGGAAUGGCAGAGUUCUCCUUAAACAUUCAGAAGCACGUGAAGCCGGGCCUCGUCGUGAGUGGAAAAUUCGACGGGUCGCACGCGUGCCUCGCGGCCGCCACGCCCGGCGGGACCAUUUUGGUGCACAGCCCGCACAGGCAGCCGCAGGUCGAUUACUCCGAUCACAAGCAGUCGAACAAGAGAUUGUCAUGGAGCGGGGAACUCGCGGAGCUCCAAAUUGGUACCGAGGUCAAGUCGUUGUGCACCGGCCGCCUCGGGGAGGACGAGAGGGACAUCCUUUUGAUCGGCACCAUCUCCCACGUGCUCGCUUAUCAUGUCGAGGAUAACGCUGACGUUUUCUACAAGGAGAUGUCGGACGGCGCGAAUUGCAUGAUCGUCGCGAAAGUCGGAUGGUUGCCGAGCCACGUCGCAGUCGUAGGCGGUAACUGCUCGGUCACGAUCUUGGAUGCGCACGGAACGGAAAUAUUUUGGAUGGUAUUGGGAGGGAUCGUCACCUCGCUGGCGGUGUUCGAUUUUGACGGGGAUGGAGAGAACGAAUUACUGACGGGUACAACGGAUUAUGAAAUUAGGGUGCAGAAGGAAGACAGCAUGCUUUGGGAAACGAAGGAAACGGCGGCGAUUGUCGUUCUCAACGACCUCCCGAGCAGGCAGUUCGCUUAUGCUCUCGAAAACGGAACGAUUGGUGUCUACGAGGCGGGACAGAGACUAUGGCGGGUUAAGUCCAAGCACAAGGUGAUAUCCGUAGACACUUUCGAUAUAAACGGCGAUGGCGUGCCGGAACUGAUCACCGGUUGGAGCAGCGGAAAAGUGGACGCGAGAACGUACAGCACCGGCGAGGUCAUGUUUAAGAUUCAGCUGCCAUCCGGCGUGGCGGGCAUAGUGGAGGCUGAUUACCGAAGAACGGGUAAACCCGAUUUGGUGGUGGUUUCUACUAAUGGCGAGGUACGCGGAUAUAGCGCUGGCUCUGCCAUGCAGGCGCCAGAACCCGGCGAGAUCAUUCGUGAAUUAUUGGCGAAAAAGCAGGCGCUUCAGAUGGAACUGCGACAGAGGGCUGCGACGGGUUCUAGCAUGUACUACGGCUCGAGAUUGGCCAUCAGCCUGUUGACGAACAGGGGCGCAGCUCGCGUAGCGCUCGCCGCCGGACCCGGGCUUCUGGUGCAUUGCGCCAUAGUCUUCGCCGAGGGUGUUUUCGAGGGCGAGACGCUGGUCACGCAUCCCAAUCGGCCGCAAGGGGAGCUAGAGAUCGCGCUUUAUCCCGCCAAGAACGAUCCCGUGGACAUUCACGUUAAAGUAUACGUCGGGCCGCCUGGUGCCGAACUGUUGCAGGUCUUCGAAAUAACGCGGCAGUUGCCAAGAUUUUGCAUGUACGAGCGCAUCCCGAAGCCGCAACAAGUCCCGGAAGAAUUGUCGAGCAACGGCGUCGUGACGGACGUCGCGGAGAGACCACAGCGGAUCGCCAUCUGGCUGAACCAGAGCCUCAUUUUGGGGGAGGAGCUGGAGGUGGCGGAGAGCGGCCCGAAUGCCGGGUGUAUCGAGGUAUGGCUUCGUGGGAUGCGAGACGAAAAGGCGCACUGCUUCAAGUCGAACGCCGGUGGCAAAGUGAUGAUCCAGACGGACGAUGCGACGUUUGCCGGUGACAUCGUUCAGUCUCUCUCUAUGUACUUAGGCGUCAGAGAACUGACCUCGGAAGCCACGUUCCCCGCGGAGGAGAAGAGGAUGUUGGACGCGUUGGAGCGCGUCAAGGGCUUGAAGGAAGUCGACGCGCGGCUCCAGGCGGAAGCCGCGGGUGGUGCCACCCUUCUGAAGAGUAUCGUGAUUCGCCUAGAAGACGCUAGGAUCCUCGAGAAUAUCGACGAUAUGCGAAGGAGACUGAUGCAGUUGAAGAACAUCAAUGGUGAUUUGAUUCGGGAGCACGAGAUUCGGGUCAACAGUCAUCGGGAGCUCGCGGCCAGCUUGAAAGAACUGAACAUCGGGGUGCAACGUGCGGCGAGGCUCAGAGGUGAGGCAUUUCUUCAUCGUAGAACCACUGCUCCUUUUUACAUUGUCGUUGCAGUUACACGUAUUGUUGCAGUUGGGAAAGCUGCCUCGAACGCGGUAGCUCGUUGUAGAGCGGCGAUACAAGACGAGAAUCCAAAAGCUCUUGCGCUCGCGAUAAAACACGGCUAGAUCGAACAUAUCCACAAGCUACGCAGUACGAUUAUCGAUUUUGCAAUUACACCACGAGCCUCUUUGUGAAAAAUAUUCCAAGACUGCCGGCACUAUCUGUAUUAUUGACAAGGAUGAGACGGAAUUCAAAACGCACCGCUGUGAAUUCACGUGCACGCGAGCAGGCUUUCUUACAAAUACGGAUUUAUUAAAACAGUUAAAAUAUAAUCCUUUUGUACAGCAUUCUUUCUCGAUGUUUCGUGGAAUAAAACUAUUUAGUCUACCAAGA